AUGGAAGCACCAAACAACAACUCUAACCUUAAAGAACUUAUGGAAUUCAACACAAAUUCUCACCUUCCAAUUAAGUUAAGUGGAACCAAUUACCCUGCCUGGUACAAACAUUGCAGUGCACUCCUCAUUGCUCGUGACCUUGAAGGUUUUGUUACAGGCAUAAAGAAGUGUCCUCCUACUACUAUUGUUACCGGUGAAACUACAUCACCAAAUCCUGAUCAUUCCUUAUGGAUCAGACAAGAUAAACUAAUUUAUCUUGCUCUUCUUGGCUCCUGUGAUUCUGAAGCGCGAUCUGUCAUGGCAGAUUCAGAUACGUCUUAUGACGCCUGGACCGCUCUUGCUCGUGCCUUCUCAAACCGAUCGCAGUUCAGAAUUAUGUCACUCCGAGAACGUCUCAGUUCAAUCACUAAGGGGAAUUCCUCUGUCUCAACUUAUUUGCAUUCAAUCCGCAAUAUUAUUGAUGAAUGGCUGUCAUUGGUCAUCCUAUUGACAACCUUGAAAUGGUUAUCCAUGCCUUGA